AUGCAGCUGCAGUGGGGAGGACGGGCAUUUUCACGAUCGCGAUUUGGCGCCUGCGUAGACAAGGGAGGCAUGCAAAGACUAGAAUAUUCCCCAGGGGAAUUCAUCUACACUACCAAGUCCAAGUCCAACCUCUCGGAGUCAGGUUCAACAGAUCUCGCCCUCACACAAGCCGUCGAUCCCUUCUCUUCCCUAUCGCCCGACCAGAAAGCGCUACUUCACCAUUUCAUUAAUGAUGCAUCUCAGAUCACAGCGUGCCAUUCCGGGAUGCAGCAGGAUAUCUGUCGGAUGCUUGUCCCCAUGGCUCUACAAACUCCCUCAUUACUCUACGCCACUACAGCACUAUCAGCUAUACAUUUCCAGGCUCUACAUAAUCAGUCUGAGAGUGUGAAAACAGCACCGGAUAUAGCGCGGUACAUGGCUCUAAGCUUAGAACAUUUCCGCAAGGAACUACAAGAUCCAUCGGUCAAGGGCUCUGAGGCGUUGGUGGCGACUGCGCGGACACUCUGUCUAGCCGAGAUUCAUUCUGGGGCUAUCAAUCCACAUUCUUGGAGAGCGCAUAUAGAAGGCGCGCGGGCACUGAUGAAAACCACAGAUAGAGAAGAAAACUCGCCUGCGUCAGGGCAUGGAUUCCGUCGAUACUUGGAUCGUUGGUAUUGGUCUAUUGUAUCAUUGACCGCGUUAACGGGCAAUGGCCCGCCAAUCGGCGAUAAUAUAGACUUUGUAUCCUCAGGUCUAGCAAGUCAAAGAGAGUCACCAGAUUACCUGGAUGACUACUGGGGAUUUACGGUGGAUCUUGCCGCUGUGUUUCGACAGAUUGGCGCUGCUGCCUGGCGCAAUCAUGAGGCAGAGGCGGCGCAGGGGUUCGUCGAGGGGGAGAUUGGAAAUAACGCUGAGGAUGAUGCUGCGUUACUAGAGAUGUCUAUACGACAGCUUAUGGACCGCGGUGCGAAUUCAAAGCCCUCGUUAUAUCCCGAUGUUGCCGCAGGGUUAACAGAGGAAAGUGUCAACCAGCUUGCGCUCUGCAAUGAAGCAUUUCAACACAGUGCGCUUAUACAGAUCCAUCGCCGACUUCGCAGAACACCAACUACGUCGUUUGAAGUGCAACAUUCGGUCAAGCGUAUAUUGGAUUGUACAGCGUCAAUUGGCCCGUCAUCUGGUCUCAGCCCGUGGGUAAUGCUUACGACGCCGCUAUUUAUUGCUGGUUGUGAAGCGCGCGGUGAAGAUCGCGACACGGUGCGAAGGUUACUCGCAUCUUUACAUGAAACCGUUCGAAUUCCCAAUGUGCUUCAGUCUUUGAAGUUUCUCGAGCAGUAUUGGGCCAAUCAACUUAGUGAAGAUGAGAACUGGAACCAUUUCCUUGACCGCAUGAGAUUUGAUUUCAUUCCUUACUAG